UUGGACUGAGUGUCAAAGGUUCUGCUCAAUUCCAUAAGGGAGGCUGCGGCAGGGAGACCUGGCGUUUCCAAGGAAAAUGCUACAUUUAUUCAAUAGAUUGAGUGGGUGGAGCUUAAAAAAUCACCCAGACAUUUAAAAAUUGCAGAAGGCUUUCAGAUGCUCAGCAAUCUGCAUUUACAAUGGGGAGAGGAAGAAGCUAACAAGAAGGUGCCCCCCCCCAUCCUCCUCCCACUUUUAGCCCCGGGCUGAGAAGAAAAGAUAAAACCACUAGAGAUCUUCAAAGACCCAAAGACGUUUUGCUCUACUGCAGGAAAAUGUUGAACAAUAGAAACAAAACUGGAUAUAUGCUUUUCUCUAAUUAAAACAGCCUAUAACAGCCUACGUCUUUUGUAAAAUUGGACAACACCAUGGAUCCCUUGUACCUAUCUAUCACGUUUCCAGAUACUAAUGUCUCCUUUUCGACAAACACAACAGACAAUGCAACGGUUACAGAUUUUUCCACCUCCUCCAGUAUCCGUUCUGUCUUCAUACCGAUCAUUUACCUUCUGGUUUGUGUUAUCGGACUGAGUGGGAACACUUUGGUCAUCUAUGUGGUUUUGCGUUACGCCAAAAUGAAGACCGUGACCAACAUCUACAUUCUGAACUUAGCCAUCGCUGAUGUCCUCUUCAUGUUGGGCUUGCCAUUCCUCGCCACCCAAAAUGCCAUCUCCUACUGGCCCUUUGGAACAUUCACCUGUAGGCUAGUGACUGCUUUUGAUGGCAUUAACCAAUUCACCAGCAUCUUCUGCCUGACUGUCAUGAGCCUCGACCGCUACCUUGCAGUGGUCCAUCCUAUUAAAUCUACCAAGUGGCGCCAGCCAAGGAUAGCCAAAUUGAUCAGUGUGGCCGUCUGGACUUUAUCCUUUUUGGUGGUCCUUCCCAUGAUUAUAUUUGCUGAUGUCCAGGAAGAUUUUCAUACCUGUAACAUGAGCUGGCCUGAUCCCAUUGAGAUAUGGUCAGCUGUGUUCAUCAUCUAUACAUCAGUGCUCGGUUUCUUUGGCCCCUUGCUGGUGAUAUGCCUCUGCUAUUUGUUGAUUGUCAUUAAAGUGAAAUCCUCUGGGAUCAGAGUUGGCUCUACAAGACGCCGGCGGUCAGAGCGGAAAGUGACCAGAAUGGUGGUCAUCAUCGUUGUGGUUUUCGUUUUCUGCUGGCUUCCCUUCUACAUUGUCAACAUCGUCAAUUUGAUAUUCAUUUUGCCAGAGGAGCCAUUCUUGGUGGGCAUUUUCUCCUUUGUGGUGGUUCUCUCUUACGCCAACAGCUGCGCCAAUCCCAUCCUUUACGGCUUUCUUUCAGAAAAUUUCAAGCAGAGCUUUCAGAAGGUCCUGUGCCUCCAUAAAGGCAACAGCAUUGAAGACGGUGACCCCACCGACCUCCGGCAGGAGAAGAGUACCCAUCUGAAGGACACAAUGCUGCCUCAGAGGAACGACAACUUCAAUGGGCACAUGCUGACUAGCAAGGUGUAGAAAGCGUGUGACUUCAAGAGAGACGCAUCUGGACCGAAAUACAUUAUGGCAUCUGCUGCAAGGGGACUGGGCCAGGAGAAGGUGGUUACUUCCCCUUCUAGGUCAGAGGUCUUCAAACUUGGCAGC